UGCUGCUGCUCUACUACAUCUAUCUCUGCAGAUUCUUCCCACCCACCCAAUUCGUCAAUCCUCGUCAUUACGCCCAACUGUCGCUGUCUUUACUGUCUGUCAUUCUGUUGUUGAAGAGAGUUACACAACCGCAAAGAAAAAACAACUGUUCAGCCUCUUCUUAGCAACUGUCGACGACCUCUGGCCUACAUACCCCUCUACAAUCACAAUGCGGCCAUCAUGCUCCCUUCCCCUUAUUCCAUUCGUUCUGUUCCCCCUUACGCUUGCGCAGAACAUUCCCACAUACUUCCUCAUCACCUCCCCAACCAAGGGCUCAGUGUGGACUAAUAACGCGACGAACCUAGUACAGUGGACAGCAGCUGUUGACGAGUUGCCGAAUGGAAUUUUCGACGUGGAGCUUGCGCGGUUAUCUACGGAUGGGUUAUUGUUCGUCGCCCGUAACGUGCCUAUCGUUCUGAACGGUCUGAACAUCGAGCUCGAUGAUGUACCUAACGGAGACGAUUACUUCCUCAUGUUCGUGGACGCUCGACCUGGCAUCUCUUGGUCGACGUCUCAACGCUUCUCAAUCCAGAACUCGAACGGCACGACCCCUGUGACAGACCCGACCAAGCCUACAGCUACGAUUGCGGGGGGGCCGAAUCCCACCUCCGGAUGGGGCACUACUUUCGCUGCCGCGACGAAUGAUGCCCGGAGAAUGCUCACAACCACGUUUGCAGGGCUUACCCCCGGUUGGGUCGGACUCGGCGUCGCAGGUUUGAGUGUGCUCGUCGCUACUGAGCUGGUAUCAUAGACCCUCGAGCUCGGGGUGCUUGUGACAGCACAUAUAGGCUAUGUUUGUGUAUUUCACGUCGGAUGUGGAUGUAGCAAGGACAGUGCACGCUACGGACUAGUCUUCUUACCUAUGCUCUCUCUUUUGUGAUACUCGCGUCGAUCUCAAGCAUCACCGUUCGUGUUCUGUCCAGUUUAGUCUUUAAUAUCACUCACGCGCCAGAGCGGCCGCCCACUCAA